AACACUGGAACUAAUGCACCAGCCUCAGCACCGGUCAACAAACGGUUACAACAAACUCAGGCUCAAGUUGAUGAAGUUGUGGAUAUAAUGAGGGUAAACGUUGACAAAGUCCUUGAACGUGAUAAAAAACUUUCACAGUUGGACGAUAGAGCUGGUAAAAUUUUAUUUGCUAUUUCCUAUUUGACCACUUCUGCGGAAGCUCGCUAA